AUGGCAGGCUCCUCUCGUGUCCCUGUCUCGCUGCGGAACUUUGCCUCUGCGAAGACCGCGGCCGUUAGGAAGUCGCCGCAUCUCGUCUUUAAUCUCGAUCUAAUGCGCAAUAUUGUAUUCGCCUACUUCAUUCUCCGCCAUUUUAGACGUGCAGUUCGAAAACUUCGUGGUCGUGGUGUUUUUGGUACCCUCUUCGAUGGAUAUGCAUAUAUGCGAAGAUAUGCAUAUGGUCUAUUCCUCAACGCCCCAGGUGUCAGAGGGAAAGUCCAGGCACAGGUAGAUGAGGCGUUGAAAAAGCUGGAGAACAAGCUUGUGCCCAAAGGACCCGGUGUGACAAGAUAUCUUGCGUUGCCUAAGGAGGGCUUCACGGAAACGCAAGCAAAGGAAGAAUUGAAACAAUUGAGUGAAAUGGAACAUACUUCAUGGGAAAGUGGCCAUGUAUCUGGUGCCGUCUAUCAUGGCGGUGACGAGUUAUUAAAUCUACAAAGUGAGGCAUACAGGAUGUUUUCUGUUUCCAACCCUUUACACCCGGAUGUUUUCCCAGGUGUUAGGAAAAUGGAGGCUGAGAUUGUUGCUAUGGUUUUGGCCAUGUUUAAUGCGCCGUCUACUGCUGGGGGUAUCACCACUAGCGGUGGUACUGAGAGUAUUUUGAUGGCUUGUCUAUCUGCAAGGACUAAAGCAUAUGUUGAACGGGGUGUUUCAGAACCUGAAAUGAUCGUCCCUGUCACUGCUCAUGCUGCAUUUGACAAGGCUGGUCACUACUUUGGAAUCACUGUGCACCACGUUGCUGUCGACCCGGUUACUCUUAAGGUAGAUCUGAAGGCUGUCAAUCGUUUGGUUAAUUAUAACACUGUUUUGAUUGUUGGCUCCGCUCCGAAUUUUCCCCACGGAAUAAUCGACGAUAUCUCGGGGCUCUCCAAGAUUGCUCUUCGCCGCCGUAUUCCACUUCACGUUGACGCCUGCCUCGGUUCCUUCCUCGUACCGUUCCUUGAAAAGGCCGGGUUCCCGACUACAUCAUUCGACUUCCGGAUCAAAGGUGUUACAUCGAUUUCUUGUGACACGCAUAAAUAUGGAUUUGCUCCUAAGGGUAAUAGUGUACUCUUAUUCCGUACCAAGAAACUCAGGGCAUACGGAUAUUUUAUCACUGCUACUUGGCCUGGCGGCGUUUACGCCUCGCCCACCCUCGCGGGGUCUCGCGCUGGGAGUCUCAUUGCUGGAACUUGGGUAUCACUAAUGACACAAGGUGAAAACGGAUACACUGCCUCUUGCCGCGAUAUUGUCGGCGCCGCAAAAACAAUUGAAUCUGGCAUUCGCGAGAAGCUCAGCCCUGAUCUUUAUGUACUGGGGGAGCCUAUGGUAUCCGUAGUCGCAUUCUCAUCAAAGACCAUAAACAUCUAUGAGGUUGCAGAUGAAAUGAGUACGCUUGGAUGGCACUUGAACGCGCUACAAGACCCACCGGCGAUCCAUAUCGCGUGCACAAAACCAACUGUGUCUGCAACAGGAAAGUUUUUGGAGGAUCUCGAGAAGGCGGUGAAGGAGGUGAAGUUGAGAGGGGAGAAAAGCGGGGCUUCGAAAGCAGUGGCAGGAGAUACUACGACUCUUUAUGGUGUUGCGGGGAGCCUGCCAAACAAAAGCGUCAUCAAUUCGAUGGCAAUUGGUUUUGUUGAUACGUUGUAUAAGGCGUAG